ACCAGUUCGCUUGGCCUUUUUUCUGCCUUCUCACUGUUGCCUGGUGUCAACCUACACCCAGUAGACAUAUCCCUCCCUCUUCAACGACUGCUUCCAAUUUGCCUUCACUUUUCUUAUCACAAGCACUAUUGGCUUUUGCACUGUCAGUCAGACGCCUCUACCGUAGCUGGAGUUUAGUAGCAACAGCUCGGAAACAUCUGGCUGCCGCAGCCCUUCUAUCUCCGCUCGCUCGCUCCGUCUUUCCUGCCACUGCAGGUUGUUAUGGACAUUUGUUGAAAGUCAAUCUAGUUCUUUUUCAACCUCAAGAGGAUUUGACGAAGGACGCAGGAAGACAUUGGAGCUUGUUGUCUGUUAUGAAGACAUCAUGGAGUUCCCAGACCACAGCAGACAUUUGCUAGAGUGUCUGAGCGAGCAGAGGCAUCAGGGUUUCCUUUGUGAUUCCACUGUGCUGGUCGGCGAUGCCCAGUUCCGAGCCCAUCGAGCAGUGCUGGCUUCUUGCAGUAUGUACUUCCAUCUCUUUUACAAGGACCAGCUGGACAAAAGGGACAUUGUUCAUCUGAACAGCGACAUUGUUACAGCCCCAGCGUUCGCUCUCCUGCUGGAGUUCAUGUACGAGGGGAAGCUCCAGUUCAAAGCCCUGCCCGUGGAGGAUGUGCUGGCUGCUGCCAGCUUCCUCCACAUGUACCACAUUGUCAAGGUCUGCAAGAAGAAGCUGAAGCACAAAGCCACUGCGGAGGCAGACAGCACCAAGAAGGAGGAGGACGCUUCCAGCUGCUCUGACAAAGUAGAGAGCUUCUCCGAGGGCAGCACGGGCCAACCAGCCACAACUGACCUAUUGCCCAGUGACGAUGAAGACCUGGAGUCCAAGCAGGACCCCAGCAGCCUGUGGAUGAGGCUACCCUCUGACCGUGCAGGCACCCCUGCCACUGCCACCAGCCCAGGGGAGGAUGACGCCCAUGGCAGUCCCCCCAAGCUGCAAUCCCCAACUGGCAGCCCCAGCAGCUCUAUAGGCUCCCUGUCCCGGAGGUCUGUGGGCUCCCGUGGCUCCCGCAGAGUGUCGUCGGAUGCAGACUGUGUCCUGGACUUGUCUGUGAAGUCCAGCCUGAUUGGGCCCAGCGAGGCCUUGUCCAAUAACCCUUACUUCUGUGGUGUGGUGAUGCCAGAUAGCCUGCAGGGCACCCUGGUCCAGGUGAAGCAGGAGAAGAACACGGGCUCAGACCAUGAGGACCUGGUGAGUGGCGACUACGAGAUGGACCACAGCGGGCCCAAAGCCACCCCUCCCAGAACCAACGGAGGUCUGAACCACCACUUGGUCAGCAGCCAUGCUCACAGACGCCUGGAGGCCCACCUGUCAGCCCUGCGUGAUGCCACCCUGGCCAGCGAGCUGGAGCGUGACGACAAGGUCAGCAAUAAUGACAUGCUGGGGGGAGAGAGUGAGAGGGCCCAGGUUGAGACGGCCACCAUCGACAGCGCCCUGCUGCCCUACGUGUCCAACAUGCUGAACGCCCCUCACACUCAGAUCUUCAUGUGCCCGCUGUGCAACAAGGUGUUUCCCAGCCCGCACAUCCUCCAGAUCCACCUCAGCACACACUUUCGCGAGCAGGAAGGCGUGCGUGCCAAGCCCGCCAGCGACAUCAACGUGCCCACCUGCUCCAUCUGCGGCAAGACGUUCUCCUGCAUGUACACCCUGAAGCGCCACGAGCGGACUCACUCUGGAGAGAAGCCAUACACAUGCACCACGUGCGGUAAGAGCUUCCAGUACUCUCACAACCUGAGCCGGCACGCCGUGGUGCACACCCGAGAGAAGCCACAUGCCUGCAAGUGGUGCGAGCGGCGCUUCACCCAGUCCGGGGACCUGUACCGCCACAUCCGCAAGUUCCACUGCGAACUGGUCAACUCGCUCUCUGUCAAGAGUGAAGGCCUCAACCUGCCCACCCUCCACAGAGACUGGACCAUAGAGGAUAGUUCUCAAGAACUGUGGAAGUGAAGCCUGCUGAAAUAAUCAGGACUUCUUUGUUUUUAAGCUAAAUGAGAGAGGUGUCAGUGAAGGUUGGGCAGAGAGGUAAGGGAGUUGGAGCACGGGUUGUGGGUAGGAGAGGAGUCUGAUUCAGUCAUGUUUCUUGUACGUACAUUACAAAAUCUGGUUAAAUGGCACUUUAAUAGAACAUGAAGAUGUUACUACUGUUUUCAGUUCCAGUCCUUUGUUCUGUUCUAAUCUUUUAUUUGUUCAGAUGUUGUUCAAUAUAAAAAAACAUGGGCGCUGGUUUCAACAGCCAGUGUUAUGUCAUCUUCUUGUGUAUAGAUACACUCCUUAAUCUAAGGCACACCUUCAACCACAACCAUAUGAAGUGUUCAGGUAACACACUGACGUUAAAGAUUAUUAGAAUACACUAAACGGGUACUGUGAUCAUCAAUUUAUACCAGUACACAUAUGUGUGUGUAUUAAUAUAUGUGUAUAUAGUGCACUAUAUUUUUAUUAUCAAAUUUCAUUGGUGUGUGUGUGUGUGUGUGUGUGUGUGUGUGUGUGUGUGUGUGUGUGUGUGUGUGUGUGUAAGGAAACUGUGGAAAGAGGUCUGCUCUAACAAGCUUCUGCUCCUUAAGCUCUUGACUGAUGAAAGACAUAUGGCACUCAUGCAAUGUACAGCUUCCUUUUUCACAUGAAUUAAAGUAUUUUCUAAAAUUCUUUAUGAAUGAUUAUUAUACAAUUUCAUAAAUUUAUCUUCAGCCUUUAAACAUCCCUUUAAUUUCAUUUGGCUGUAUCCUAUAGGUUUCUGUAGUGAUUAUGGAUUUAUUUGGGGAAAAUGGGAUCUGAUAUUGCAUGAAGUCCAACCUGUAUAUUUGAAAUGUGAAUUACUGUAUAACUGUACACUGUAAUUGAGCAAAUAUAGAACAGACUAUGUGAAUAUCCAAGGGUGCAGUCGGUUAAGAAACCCGGAAUAUUCCAGUUAUGGAAAAUGCAUGAAUAUGAUUUAUCUUACAUUUUCUUGUUUUUUUUUGUUUGUUGGGGAGGGGGUGUAUUCUAAAUUAACUUAUUUCAUUCUUAACUAGUUUAUUUAUUUUCUCUGCUCUUUUUGAGAGGCUGUCGGGACUCCUUUGAAAUGUUCUUCUGGGCUGUGAAGAUGUUGUGUCAAUCCACUGGUCUUGGGUUUGAGUUUGUGUAACGGAAUGUGAGGUGAAGUUUGUCGUCAGACUGACAGAGGUGGCAGUGUGAAUGCCAGUAGUGACCUAACUAAUCUACAGAAGAUCUCCACUAGUGUGUUUGCCUCCCGUCCACACAGCACUUCAUCACAGUCUACUCUGCUGCAUGGUGGUCAGGGAGUUAAGGUUCCCAACUACUGUAGCUAUCUCCAGUUAACAUUCUGCUUUGGUAUUUUCUGCUUUCUCAUUGACGUUAAGUAAACGUUGUGGGUAAUUUAUUUAUAUUUUUAUUUGGCACUUGUUUCUAACUGUGCGGCCAAUGAGAAGGUCUCGCACUGAUCUAUGAGAGAGAGAGAGAGAUGCUCACCUGCUCAUGCCUGAGUACUCCUGAAGGUUCUUUGUUUCAAUAGUAAAGCCUGAGUACUCCUGAAGGUUCUUUGUUUCAAUAGUAAAGCCUGAGUACUCCUGAAGGUUCUUUGUUUCAAUAGUAAAGCCUGAGUACUCCUGAAGGUUCUUUGUUUCAAUAGUAAAGCCUGAGUACUCCUGAAGGUUCUUUGUUUCAAUAGUAAAGCCUGAGUACUCCUGAAGGUUCUUUGUUUCAAUAGUAAAGCCUGAGUACUCCUGAAGGUUCUUUGUUUCAAUAGUAAAGCCUGAGUACUCCUGAGGGUUAUUUGUUUCAAUAGUAAAGCCUGAGUACUCCUGAAGGUUCUUUGUUUCAAUAGUAAAGCCUGAGUACUCCUGAAGGUUAUUUGUUUCAAUAGUAAAGCCUGAGUACUCCUGAGGGUUAUUUGUUUCAAUAGUAAAGCCAGAGUACUCCUGAAGGUUCUUUGUUUCAAUAGUAAAGCCUGAGUACUCCUGAGGGUUAUUUGUUUCAAUAGUAAAGCCUGAGUACUCCUGAAGGUUAUUUGUUUCAAUAGUAAAGCCUGAGUACUCCUGAAUGUUAUGUAUGUUUCAAUGGUAAAGCCUGAGUACUCCUGAAGGUUAUUUAUGUUUCAAUGGUAAAGCCUGAGUACUCCUGAAGGUUAUUUAUGUUUCAAUGGUAAAGCCUGAGUACUCCUGAAGGUUAUUUAUGUUUCAAUGGUAAAGCCUGAGUACUCCUGAAGGUUAUUUAUGUUUCAAUGGUAAAGCCUGAGUACUCCUGAAGGUUAUUUCUGUUUCAAUGGUAAAGCCUGAGUACUCCUGAAGGUUAUUUCUGUUUCAACAGUAAAGCCUGAGUACUCCUGAAGGUUAUUUCUGUUUCAACGGUAAAGCCUGAGUACUCCUGAAGGUUAUUUCUGUUUCAACAGUAAAGCCUGAGUACUCCUGAAGGUUAUUUCUGUUUCAACGGUAAAGCCUGACUACUCCUGAAGGUUCUUUCUGUUUUAAAUGGUAAAAGUUGAAGAAUCAGAGAGCAGCACUGCACGCUCCUAAUUUGAAUGUCUGCGUGUAUCGGUUUGAGUACGUACUGUAUGUAUGUACACGUGCGUGUUUUGUACUGAAUGCGUAAUCCUUACUUUUGAAGGGGAAGAAUUGGCAUGCUUGAUUGCACCAUUAAAGCUUAUUUAACUGAGAUUUAUUUCUGAAAAUAUGCCUUUAUGAAAAUUACAGUUAUAAAUGAUAGAUUCACGAAAUCAUGGAUACUAUUACAUUCAAGAGGAGGUGUAUUUAAUCGUGAAAUUAUUGAAUUAACCUUAAUAUUAUAUCUAAUUUUCAUAAAAUUUGAACUAGUCUUUAUUUCAAUAUUUUAUUUAGGAUUUUUCAAAUUUUUAGGAAUGUGAACAUUCUGAGAAAAAAUCUGCACUCCAAAAAUGCUUGUGCACAAAAAUCAUGGAAUCAAUCAAACAAAAGCAAAAGUUGAACUCUACACAAACUCAGUUGUUAUGAAUGUCUGCACUUUGGCAUGUCUGGCAUGUCCACACUGGCCCGGGGGUUUGGUUUGCUCUUCAGUGGACGUGGUGGUGGCAGCAUCAGCUGGUGACAUGGGUGCUCCUUGCCAACUGCACACACUCAUGGCAUUUUGCACAAUGGUAAUUGAUCUCUUUGCAUCCAUGGAAAAUAUAUCAUAUGUGGGUUAGCUCUCUGUUUGAAGACUUAUUUACAAUUAUUGCUGACUUUUCUUAUUGUACUUGACCGCCUUAAACUACUGUAAACAGCUUGGUUUUUUUUCACGUUAUCACUGGAACACUGAAAGUGUGCGUAACUGGACUGUUUAUUGACCUUUUUGAAAUGGAAAGGAAGCUGUGAAAUGACCCAAUAAGCAUCUCCGUUUAUAUCAAUCCAACUUUGGUUACUUGAAUACAGGAAAGGUCCAAUGGGGAAAAAACAUUAAAAUGUAGACAACAAUGAAGAGAGGGGAGUGGAAAUAGAAAGAAAUCGGUUAAAAAGGACAAUCACUGUCUGAAAAAUAAGCAGAUUUUCAUUCAAAUAUAUUUGCUUCCCUGUGAGAUUUGGUUUAUUUUUCUGGAUUAAGCAUUUAGCUUUGACAAUCAUAGUAUGUUUUGUUUUUUCUCAAGGGGAGUAAAUUCUAAGGCUGUUUAGUUUUGUACUUUUUUGGUGUGCUGUUGUUGAAAUUUUUUAAUUGUGUGCAAACUGCAAUAAAUUAUAAGAACCUUAAAACUCAA